CUGAGGAGAAGCAGGCCCCGUCGCUGCAACCAUCCAGCAGCCGCCGCAGCAGCCAUUACCCGGCUGCGGUCCAGAGCCAGGCGGCGGCAGAGCGAGGGGCAUCCGCCACCGCCAAGUCCAGAGCCAUUUCCAUCCUGCAGAAGAAGCCCCGCCACCAGCCGCUUCUGCCAUCUCUCUCCUCCUUUUUCUUCAGCCACAGGCUCCCAGACAUGACAGCCAUCAUCAAAGAGAUCGUUAGCAGAAACAAAAGGAGAUAUCAGGAGGAUGGAUUCGACUUAGACUUGACCUAUAUUUAUCCAAACAUUAUUGCUAUGGGGUUUCCUGCAGAAAGACUUGAAGGCGUAUACAGGAACAAUAUUGAUGAUGUAGUAAGGUGUGCUGAAAGACAUUAUGAUACCGCCAAAUUUAACUGCAGAGUUGCACAGUAUCCUUUUGAAGACCAUAACCCACCGCAGCUGGAACUUAUCAAACCCUUUUGUGAAGAUCUUGACCAAUGGCUCAGUGAAGAUGACAAUCAUGUUGCAGCAAUUCACUGUAAAGCUGGAAAGGGACGAACUGGUGUAAUGAUUUGUGCAUAUUUAUUGCAUCGGGGCAAAUUUUUAAAGGCACAAGAGGCCCUAGAUUUCUAUGGGGAAGUAAGGACCAGAGACAAAAAGGGAGUAACUAUUCCCAGUCAGAGGCGCUAUGUUUAUUAUUAUAGCUACCUGUUAAAGAAUCAUCUGGAUUAUAGACCAGUGGCACUGUUGUUUCACAAGAUGAUGUUUGAAACUAUUCCAAUGUUCAGUGGCGGAACUUGCAAUCCUCAGUUUGUGGUCUGCCAGCUCAAGGUGAAGAUCUAUUCCUCCAAUUCGGGACCCACACGACGGGAAGACAAGUUCAUGUACUUCGAGUUCCCUCAGCCGCUGCCUGUGUGUGGUGACAUCAAAGUAGAGUUCUUCCACAAACAGAACAAGAUGCUAAAAAAGGACAAAAUGUUUCACUUUUGGGUAAAUACAUUCUUCAUACCAGGACCAGAGGAAACCUCAGAAAAAGUAGAAAAUGGAAGUCUAUGUGAUCAAGAAAUUGAUAGUAUUUGCAGUAUAGAGCGUGCAGAUAAUGACAAGGAAUAUCUAGUACUCACUUUAACAAAAAAUGAUCUCGACAAAGCAAAUAAAGACAAGGCCAACCGAUACUUUUCUCCAAAUUUUAAGGUGAAGCUGUACUUCACAAAAACAGUAGAGGAGCCAUCAAAUCCAGAGGCUAGCAGUUCAACUUCUGUAACACCAGAUGUUAGUGACAAUGAACCUGAUCAUUAUAGAUAUUCUGACACCACUGACUCUGAUCCAGAGAAUGAACCUUUUGAUGAAGAUCAGCAUACACAAAUUACAAAAGUCUGAAUUUUUUUUUUUAUCAAGAGGGAUAAAACACCAUGAAAACAAACUUGAAUAAACUGAAAUUGGACCUUUUUUUUUUAAUGGCAAUAGGACAUUGUGUCAGAUUACCAGUUAAUAGGAACAAUUCUCUUUUCCUGACCAAUCUUGUUUUACCCUAUACAUCCACAGGGUUUUGACACUUGUUGUCCAGUUGAAAAAAGGUUGUGUAGCUGUGUCAUGUAUAUACCUUUUUGUGUCAAAAGGACAUUUAAAAUUCAAUUAGGAUAAAUAAAGAUGGCACUUUCCCAUUUUAUUCCAGUUUUAUAAAAAGUGGAGACAGACUGAUGUGUAUACGUAGGAAUUUCUCAUUUUGUGUUCUGUCACCAACUGAAGUGGCUAAAGAGUUUUGUGACAUACAGGUUCACAUCCUACCCCUCUGCACUUGUGGCAACAGAGAAGUUUGCAGUUGGCUAAGAGGAGUUUCUCGAGGGUUCCGCUACAUUCUCAUGCAUGUGUUCGGGUCGGGGAUGGAGGGAGUGCUCAGAAAGGGAUGGGUUUCACGCUGGACUCUGGACCGUAUGCCGUCUCCAGCUAUUUCCACGCACCUUUCUUUAGCAUGCUACAGUUAUUAAUCUGGACGUUUGAGGAAUUGGCCGCUGUCACUGCUUGUUGUUUUGUGCAUUUUUUUUUUUUUUUAAGCAUAUUGGUGCUAGAAAAGGCAGCUAGAGGGAGUGAAUCUGUAUUGGGGUACAGGAAUGAACCUUCCACAACUUGUUAAGAAUCCACAAAUGAAGGGAUAUAAAAAUAAUGUGGUCAUAGAUAAGAAACACAGCAACAAUGACUUAACCAUAUAAAUGUGGAGGCUAUCAACACAGAAUGGGCUUGAAACAUUUUAAAAAUUGACAAUGACUUAUUAAAUAUGUUUUCUCACUUGUAGUGACCGCUCCAUCUCCUGUGUAAUCAAGGCCAGUGCGAAAAGUCAGAUGCUAUUAGUACCUACAUCAGUCGACUGCAUACACUUACGUUCUUAGUUUUCAAUCAUAUACCUGCUGUGGAUGCUUCAUGUGCUGCCUGCAAGCUGCUUUUUUUCUCAUUGAAUAUAAAAUAUUUUGUAAUGCUGCACAGGAAAUUUCAAUUUGAGAUUCUACAGUAAGCGUUUUUUUUCUUUAAAGAUUUAUGAUGCACUUAUUCAAUCCGAUAGCUGUCAGCCGUCCCACCCUUUUGACCUUACACAUUCUAUUACAAUGAGUUUUGCAGUUUUGCACAUUUUUUAAAUGUCAUUAACUGUUAGGGAAUUUUACUUGAAUACUGAAUACAUAUAAUGUUUAUAUUUAAAAGGACAUUAUUUGUGUUAAAAAGGAAAUUAGAGUUGCAGUAAAUUUUCAACACUGCACAAAUAAUAAGGCAUUUACUUCUUCAGUAGAAAUUGUCCCACAUAAUGCUUUUAUCGAUUUUUAUUGAAAGAAUAGAUUUUUUUUUUUUUUUUUUAAUGUGCAGUGUUGAAUCAUUUCUUCAUAGUGCUAGAGUUAGGACUAGGGCUUCAAUUUCACUUCUUAAAUAUCAUAUAUUUGAUAUGCCCAGACUGCAUAUGAUUUAAGCAGAAUACAACUACUAUUGUAAAGCUAAUGUGAAGAUGUUAUUAAAAAGAAGUCCCCCCACCCCCGAAAUUUGGUGUCUUUCAAAUUCUACCCUGACCUUGAAACAUUGAAAUAUCCAGCCAAUUGAUUUCUUAAUGGUGUAAAAUCUCAUUUUCAAUAACUUCUUGGUGCUGAAAUUGUUCACUAGCUGUGGUCUGACCCUAGUUAAUUUACAAGUACAGAUUGCAUUAGGACCUAUUAGAGCAGCAUUUUUAGAGUUUGAUGGUGAACAGAUUAGGCAGAACUUCAUCAAAAAUAUUCUUGGUAUAUAUAAUGUUGACAUGUUUUCCAUACCUCAUCAGUUUCAUUCAACAAAAAAAAAUUUUUAAAUUUUUAACAAAGCUCUUAGGAUUUACACAUUUGUAUUGAAACAUUGAUAUACAGAGAACUGAUUGCUCACCAGUUAAAUUGGUAAAGUUAGAGACAACUGUUGCUAAGAUCUCAGCAUUGAAAUUUAUAUGCCACCUUUUCUUUCGUAAAAGCUGAAAAUUGUUGACUAAAAUGAAAAUCAACUAUUCAUGUUUUGAUGAUAGUUAUUAAUACUGUUAUUUGUUACACUUUUGGGCACAGUAUAUAUUAAAACAUAACUUGUGUUGUUCCAAUAUGUAACAUGGAGGGCCAGGUCAUAAAUAAUGACGUUAUAAUGGGCUUUUGCACUGUUAUUAUCUUUCCUUUGGAAUGUGAAGGUCUGAAUGAGGGUUUUGAUUUUGAAUGUUUCAAUGUUUUUGAGAAGCCUUGCUUACAUUUUAUGGUGUAGUCAUUGGAAAUGGAAAAAUGGCAUUAUAUAUAUAUAUAUUAUAUAUAUAAAUAUAUAUUAUACAUACUACUCCCCUUUAUUUCAGUUACCAUCCCCAUAGAAUUUGACAAGAAUUGCUAUGACUGAAAGGUUUUUGAGUCCUAAUUAAAACUUUAUUUAUGACAGUAUUCAUAAUUAGCCUGAAAUGCAUUCUGUAGGUAAUCUCUUUGAGUUUCUGGAAUGUUUUCUUACUUAGACUCUUUGGAUGUGCAGCCGCUUACAUGUCUGAAGUUACUUGAAGGCAUCACUUUUAAGAAAGCUUACAAUUGGGCCCUGUACCAUCACAAGUCCUCUGUAGCUCCUCUUGAACAUUUUUUUUGCCAUAAUUAUUAAGGCGUAGUUGAAGAAAUAGCAUCACCAUUCUUUGCUGUGGCACAGGUUAUAAACUUAAGUGGAGUUUACCGGCAGCAUCAGAUGUUUCAGCUUUAAAAAGUAAAAGUAGGGUACAAGUUACAUGUUUAGUUCUAGAAAAUUUGUGCAAUAUGUUCAUAACGAUGGCUGUGGUUGCCACAAAGUGCCUCGUUUACCUUUAAAUACUGUCAAUGUGUCGUGCAUGCGGACGGAGGGGUGGAACUGUGCACCGGAGGGCUCGAACUGCAGUGUCUGGCCCAGCUGCCUUCUACCCUGCCAGUUCAGAAGUUCAAUCUGUUUUCAUAUCGAUUAUAUAUACUAAAAAAUUUCAGUCUGUUAAACAGCCUCACUCUGAUUCAGCCUCUUCAGAUACUCUUGUGCUGUGCAGCAGUGGCUCUGUGUGUAAAUGCUAUGCACUGAGGAUACACAAAAAAAUACGAUGUGUACAGGAUAAUGCCUCAUACCAAUCAGAUGUCCAUUUGUUAUUGUGUUUGUUAACAACCCUUUAUCUCUUAGUGUUAUAAACUCCACUUAAAACUGAUUAAAGUCUCAUUCUUGUCA